GAUUGAGGCGAUUCUCUCGUUUACUUAAUUAGUACAUUUGUGAACAUGCAUAAAAUCAUUUAAAGUUCCACAAUAAAACGAAUAAAUCAAUAAUUUUAUAUCAAUAGAUACAUUAUUAAAUUGUAAAAUAAUGAUGAUUCCCAGACCACGUGAUUUAUCAGACGUCUACGUGUUUUAUCUUAUCUUGUGAUUACGAACAUUUUACAAGAGCAAUUGUGAACAUUUUUACGAAUUGCCACAUUUAUCACAAAUCUAAGCUGGUUCAGCAUGACAAUCCAUUGAGGUUUUCGACAGUGAUUCAUAAGAUUAUCUCUCAUUAACGCAUGUUUAUUACUAGGAUCAUAAGCUUCGUUGAUGAAUGUUAACCACGGCUGCAAAUUUGGCUAGUCAGUCUAAAUUUGUAUCGAAUUGAAGCACGAUCUCCUAAUCAAAAGUCGGUGCCUUGUCACUUUUGGUCUAGUAUACUUUAAACUACGAAUUCAUACAGUGAUAAAAAUGAAGCUUGUCAAGUGUUAACUUUAUUGUGCUUUUUAAAGCAAAAUGUGUUUGCCUAUAAAUUUCUGGCAUUUCUUCCUGUUGCGUCAAAGUCUCCCUAUUACAUUGGUUACAAUCUUAUGAAAGGACUGGCUGCUGAAGGCCAUAAAGUACAGUGAUCAGUCCAUUUAAAGAGAAAAAACCGAUUGCAAACUACACUGAAGUGUUUCUUAAAAAUGUUUGGGAGGAUUCACGAAUGUCAAACUAUUUGUUACUCAUGGCGGUCUUUUGAGUACAAUCGGUAAUGCACAGUUACACACAUUUCGCAUUUUAAACCAUACACUUGAAAUCAACGACUUUUGUCAUUUCAGAGGCCGUUCAUUUCGAUAAACCAAUUGUUGGCAUUCCAUUUUUCUUCGACCAACACCUGAACAUGUACCUUGCUGAACAAAAGGGAUUUGGAUUUUCAAUUCCAAUCGAAACUCUAACCGCAGAUAAGUUAUCGACGGCUGUUAGAACAGUACUCAGUGAUCCAAGUCAUGCCGAACAAGCAAAGAUCAUUUCUGAUCGAUACCGCGAUCAACCACUUACUCCACUGGAAACAGGAAUGCACUGGGUCAAGCACGUAACAAAAAAUAAAGGCGCUCCACAUUUGAAAAGUGUUGCAGUUGAUUUGCCAUUCUACAAACUGUACAAUUUAGACGUGUGGGCAUUCAUUUUUGGUGUCAUUGCUUUUUGCGUCUUUUUACUCAUUAAAUUCAUAACUGCUGUAGUCGCAGUCACACUUAUCGGGAAAACAACGCAGAAGGUCAAGAAGUCCUAGAUAUAAAGACGUAUCAUUUUCUGUAUCUUUAUUUAUUUAUUUCCAUAUUUUCGUUCGUUUA